AUGCCUUCUCUCAACGCCCUUAGCACGGCGCUCCUGGCCUGUGCCGGAAGUGCUGUUGCUACCCAGUUUACUUUGGCCGAUACCUACGACCACACCAACUUCUUCCAGAAGUUUACAUUCACCGACGAACCCGACACCAACUCUGGCUUCGUGGUUUACCAGAACCUCGCCAAUGCUCAGGCACAAGGCUUGGCCAAGAUCACCAGCAACAAUGAAGUCUACCUCGGAGUCGACCACCAGACCGUCCUCAAGGGUUCCGGCUUCGCUGGCCGUAACUCCAUUAGACUCGAGUCCACAAACUCUUACAAGCACGGCCUCAUCGUUGCCCGGUUCUCUCAUCUGCCCGCCAACAAGUGCGGUAGCUGGCCCUCUUUCUGGACUCUUGGCGACAACUGGCCCAGUGGUGGAGAGAUCGACGUGUACGAGGGCUGGAACAACAUCCUCGACAACCAGCCUGCCUUCCACGUUGGCAGCUCAAGCCAAUUUGGCCAGUGUACCCUCCAGAGUGCCGGACAGUCGGCUCCCGUUGUUACCCCCAACUGUGACAACACUUUCCAGAGCCCUCCUAGCCAGUACUUGAACCAGGGUUGCACCACCACCGAUAGCACCGGUCCCUGGGCCUCUCCCAGCGGUGGCACCUAUGCCAUCGAGUGGACCAGCGACUACAUCAAGCUGUACAACUGGGCCCGAGGUGCCGAGCCUGCCAACCUGGCUUCAUCCAACCCUGAUACCGCUACCUGGGGCACUCCCGUGGCUAACCUGGCCAACUCCAACUGCAACAUCGACAGCCACUUCGCCGACCAGCGCCUCAUUCUCGACAUCGACUUCUGCGGCAACCCCGUUGGCACUCCCGCCUUUUGGCAGCAGAGCUGUGCUGCCACCACUGGCCAGGGCACUUGCGCUGACUACGUCUCCAAGUUCCCCGGUGACUUUGCCGAGUCCUACUUCCAGAUCCAGGACAUUCGCUACUUCAGCCAGAGCACCGCCAAGCCUACCACUUCC